CGUCUUAGUAGCUACGGUAUAAAAGUAGAAGAACUAACUGGAGACCAUCAGCUCAGCAGAGAACAGAUUUUCGACACUCAAGUGAUUGUCUGCACACCAGAAAAGUGGGAUGUGAUCACACGCCGGGGGGGGGAUGAGCGAGCCUAUAUUAGCUUGGUUCGGCUUAUCAUUUUUGAUGAAAUUCAUCUUCUUCAUGAUGAUCGUGGCCCCAUACUUGAGGCGAUUGUGGCCCGUACCUUACGUGCUGUUGAGGCGAAUGCUUCGACCACUUUAGUAGUAGAUGGCUCUUCUGCCCUGGAAGCAUGUGGAGUUCGCUUAGUCGGCCUCAGCGCUACUCUGCCUAAUUAUGAAGAUGUGGCAACCUUCUUGCGAGUAGACUGUGCCAAAGGUCUUUAUGCAUUUGACAACAGCUACCGCCCGGUUCCCUUAAUCCAACAAUAUAUCGGCAUUACUGAAAAGAAAGCAGUCAAACGAUUUCAAUUGAUGAAUGAAAUAGUCUAUGAUAAAGUCGUUGAACACGCGGGUCGCAAUCAGAUCCUGAUCUUUGUUCACAGCCGUAAAGAGACAGGCAAGACUGCUAGAGCUCUCAGGGACAUAUGUCUCGAGAAGGAUACUAUUGCUGCGUUUAUGAAAGAUAAGAAUGCCUCUGCCGAAGUACUCAGACAGGAAGCAGAACAGGUCAGUUUGGUUGGUUUUAUCACACUUCAUCUUUUGCUUUACUAUUGCUUUACAGCAGAUCGGACUCUUUAUCAAAUGAGAUAUAUUCAUAAAGAUGGCAAUAGAAAAAUUAUCCUUGGAUUUCUGGAGCUUAACUUCCUUGAUUGCUCUAAUGAUCUUAAUAUAUUUAUCUAUUUUGUAUUUUAA